UUCAAUGUGCAUCGAUAUUCCUCAGUGGCGACGAGUUAUAAUUAAAAUCAGUAAAAUAUCAAGAUGCCAAUCGGGAAAAUACACGUUUUCGAUCUGGAUGGCGGUGAAAACUGGCCAGCAUAUGUGCGUUUAGUGGAACAGUUUAUUUUAUUAAACGAUAUAAAAGAUAAUCUACGCGUGGCCACGUUGGUGACACAUGUUGGUGCGCCGACUUACCGGUUAAUGUGUGAUUUGAGUGCUCCGGACAAUCCGGAAAAUAAAACAUUUACCGCAUUAGUGGAGCUUGUGAAAAAUCAUCUAGAACCCAAAAGGUCGGAAAUAGCAGAACGACACGUGUUUCGUCAGCGGCGGCAGGGUGAAGGCGAAUCGAUCAAUGUGUUUUUACAAAAAUUGAAACACUUGGCUACCUACUGCAAUUUUGGGGAUCAGUUAGAAGUGAACCUUCGAGAUCAAUUCGUGUCUGGUCUUCGUAGCGAAGAGAUACGAUCUCGUUUAUUUGCGGAGACCACGCUCGACUACAAGAAGGCGGUGGGGCUGGCGCUAGCGCUGGAGGCGGCCGAGCAGCAUGCGGCUAAGGCCGUGGCGCCGGCCGCGCUGUGGGCAGCAGCCGGACCGGCGGGACUCCAGGCGGACGCGGGCGAGCGGGUGCACCGGGUGAGCGUGGCCAAGCAGGCCAGCGCCGCCGGUCGAGACGACGGGCCGCCGCGACGCGACGGAUGCUGGCGCUGUGGCCGGGAAGGCCAUGCACCGCACAGGUGUCGGUACAAGUCGUAUGUGUGUGAAAAGUGUAAAAUAAAGGGUCACUUGAAGUCAGUUUGUGAUAAAAAAAAUGUGAAUGUGUGCCGGUCGGGUUUAAAAUAUCAAAACUUUAUUGAAACAGAUUCAUCGGAGUCUGGAAGUGAGGAGUUUCAAGGAUUGUAUGUUAUUGAAGGUGAGACAGUCCAAAAUGUAAAAGACGGCCCAUAUUAUUGUGAAUUAAUUGUUGAAAAUCAAAAAGUGUUGUUUGAAAUCGACACAGGUAGCAAAAUAUCGGCAGUGACGCAAUAG